CAGCCUGAACUUCUGAAGACGAAUUGCCCACUCGACAAUGGCAGACUCGAACGAUGCACAAUCUACUAGCCCGUUACACGCAGAAGGGAGGCUUUUCGAUAUUGGGAACCUGCGAGCUGUUCCUGUGGAGAUUAGUUACCUAUUCGAUUCGCAGCUUUCUCAACUUGCAGAGGUCAAUAGACUUCAGGGGCUAUUAGCUUGGGAACUAUUUGGACCUUUCCUGGAUAUAUCUACUUGUCGUCAAUAAUGCCUCACCUGGGCCAUCAAUUCUGAUGAUGAUAUUGUCUUUACCAAUAUCUGUGGCAAAGCUAAAGUUGAACCCAAAUUCCAAGACGAUGCGCGCAUUGCCUACGAGCUUGAGUCUGCCUAGCCAAUAUACCGAGAUUGAAAGGAGAUACAGGAGGCGAAUUUAUUCACUGCGAGUGCGAGUGCAAUCGAUCGUGGCUACUGAAUGGCGCGGUAGAAUUCCCAUAGAGUAUCAUGGCACAGGUAAGGACUUCUGGGCGUCUCCUCUGCAAUGAUGGCUACAGGCCUCCUCUUUGCAGUUCAGUGCAUCAACGGCAGGAUGACAAUCACCUGAUUUCAUAUCGGUUCAUGGCAGCG